UCUGUAGCUUUGCCAUUUGCUUUAUUGCUUGGCAAACCUACUAAUGUUGCAGAUCAGAAUAUGCUGCACUCAUUUCCUAAUUCCAAAUCCUAUUGUCUUCAUUUAGCAAUCUAGGAAAAAAAAAGCAGUCUGAAUUAUACUGCUACUCUGAAUUCAGUGCCAUCUGCAAAGGUCCAACACUUGAGAAAAAAAUAAACUACAUUUAUUAUACAACUGAUGUUGUAGGACCUUUACGUCAUGGCUCUGUCAGCAUAAAUUCACUUAUGCCACUGUCACAAGAUAUAACUUCCCUGAAUUGCUAAAUUGCUCUUGACUAAAAUGAGAUCAGACAUGGGGCUAACAUAUACAACAGAUCAGGUUUAGAGUAAUAAAAAAGUUAUGUUCCAUAAGGCAGAAUUAUGGUGGUUCUCCUUUGGAGUUGUUUGCUGUGGGACUCAGGUAAGGCACAAGAUGCCAUUCCAAGGAUGAGUCCUGUGUUGUUGCCUUCAUUUCACAGACUGAAAUGCAAGUAAAGCUUUAUCCUAGAUUUUAUUGGCAGAGAUUCUCUCUAAAUUAUCCUGGGAAGCAAAUUUGCCAACUAAACCAACUAAGGCUGGUUUCUGCUGUCAGUUUCCUGAAGUGGCCUGUGAUAGAAGGAAGCACAUGGAGGAGCUGGUCAUCUUCUGUGCUGGUACUCUUAAGGGUUUAAGGUUCACAGAGUCAUUAAGGUUGGAAAAGACCUCUAAGACCAUCCAGUCCAACCACUGACCCACCACCACCACGUCUCAGUGCCACUGUCCCUGUGGAGCAGUCUCUCUUUGAUGUGAGCAGCUGUUUUUCAUCUCUGGCACUGCAGCCACAGUUUUCCAGUAGUGAAAUUUUCCUGUCAGACUUUGCUUGCUUCCCAGGCAGCUCAUUCUUUCCCUCCCCUAUUCUUUGAAACACUGCCUUAUCUAACCUACUACAAGUUAAAAACACUGGUAUACCACAGAAGCAUGCCCGCACACCGGGAUUCCAGACACUUUAUGAAGCAACACAAUGAGAACCGGGCGGUACCUCUCAUGACACUGAUGCACAGAGUUCACUUUUGCAACGGAAACUUCCUCGCUUUUAUUUAUUUGUUUGUUUGUUUACGUGUCUCUUCAGGGACAACGCGCUGGUGCGCUGAUGGGAUUAACGGCGUACCGCCCGGCAGCGGGACGUUCUUAGCUGGAGCUGCCGCCGCGGCAGAUGUUUCUCCAGGGUCUGAGGAUGUGAAAGCAGCACGCUUUCUCUCGCCGGAGCGCAGAGGAAAGCCCCUCCGCAGACUUCCCCGCGGCGGGUCGCCCGGCGCGCAGCCCGGCGGGCGUCGCUAACGGCUGCCGAGCAGCGGCACGGCGGGCGAUGGCGGCGCCGCGCUCGGCCGGCGGAGGAGCGCGUGUUCGCCCCGGGGCAACGGCGGCCGCCAUGUGCGGGCCGGGCCGCCUCAUGCUCGGCCUCCUCAUCGUCCUGCUGCAGGCGGUCUCGGCAGUUCAGUACUCAAGAAGUGCAGAGUCAAGAAGCAAUAGCUUAAAAAUAGUGGGAUCCAUCUUAUUUCCAGUGAAAGUUUACGUGAAGCUGGAUCACAGCAGUCCACAUAUUCUAUGUGUUACAAAUCACCUGCGAAACUCAGAAUUGAUUGAUCCAGUAUUCCGGUGGAAUGGACCAGGUGGUUAUCUUUCUUCAGAAAAUAGCAGUGUGCAAAUAUCACCAACGGGAACUUUAAUAUUUGGACACUUCCGAUCUGACCUGAGUGGAGUUUACACUUGUUCCCUUGUUUAUAAGCUUAUCGCUGCACAACCAGAUAAAAGACUCACGAUAAAAUAUCUUAUUUAUGCUUACUCUGAUCCUCAGUAUUACUAUGAAUUGACAGUCCAGUACCAUGCAGCCCCCUGCAAUAGUUUUCAUAAUACUUCUUUUGGGAAGGCAUUGCUUCAGAUACUAAGUAAGCUUGUUGCUGACCUUUCAUGUGAGAUUUCGUUAAUUAAGUCAGAAUGCCACCAUGUAAAAAUGCAGAGAGGAGGCCUACAGAACGAAAUGUUCUUUACAUUUUCAGUUACUUGCUUAGACACAGAAAACGACAAACUAUGUCCGCAAAGUCCUUGUGAUGCACCUCAUAGAUUAUACAAGGCAAAGGACCUCAUAGAGAGAUUCUUUAAGAAAGAGGUAGAACUUAGGAAGAAAAGUUCUGAACCAUUGCCUGAAAUAUACUACAUUGAAGGUACACUGCAAAUGGUGUGGGUUGAUCGUUGCUAUCCAGGAUAUGGAGUGAAUGCUGUCAGGCAUCCAGACUGCCCAGAGUGUUGUGUUAUCUGCAGCCCAAGAUCUUACAAUCCCAGUAAUGGAAUUCACUGUCUUCAGUGCGACACCAGUUUGAUAUACGGAGCAACGACGUGCUGACAACAGAGGGACUGACAAAGCUGCAAUAGCUCUCAUGCAUUUUAACCUGGAAAUAUUAAUAAAUAUUUUUAUUUCAACAUUUAAA